CCUAAAGUUGGCUUUGUCUCCCACCAAGACAGCUGGAUAGGGCUCUUUUUCGCAGCUCGCCUCUGCUUUUGACUCUCACCAUGGUCGUCAAGCAUCUCCCCCCAGCUGUGAAGCAGCUCCUGACCCUCCGGAACCCUCAAUCACUCCCGAGCCCGCCUUUAUCUACGCUCAACAAUGUCUUGAAGCGCACCUUCCAGGACGCCAAGACCAAGAAGGCCGAAACGGGCUGGCUGGUUCUAUCUGUGCGAACAAACUGCCGCUUUACUUGAAAUCAGUUUGUGUCGCGCCAAAGGCGACCUGCUGAUACUAGCUCGUCUAGACAUGCUCAUUGCUGACGACGAACCGUCUCGCCACCCUUGGGCAGCUCUAUCGCUUCGUGACCCGCGCCGACCCCAAUGAUGCGAAGACUCGCUAUGGAGAUCUGGCUCGUGCCGUUAACAGAGCGGCGCUGAUGCGCGAGGCGGCCAUCAAGAGCACUAUCUUUGUUGGCGUCCCGCGGGUCAUCCUAUCUCUCGCCGCUUGGCAUGAGGCUCUCGACGAAGACGUCAAGGCCUCGCUCAGAACCGAGUCCCGCAGGACACCCACUCCCUACAACAUUGAGGCAAUUUUGUCCCGAGGCCAGGGUCUGUGGAACUCCAUUUAUACGCCACACGCCGAGAAACUCUAUUCGAAGCUGGGCGGGUACCAUCCUGACUUCAUUGCUUUCAUUAUCACUAGCUAUGGCGCCCUGCUCUCGCCGAUGCCCGGUCAAGUGAGGUCAUUCCACGACGAGAGCGGCAAGGACGACGUCGACCAGGGCAACCUCAGCCGCGCGAUGGGCUCUAUCGUCGGCACGGCCUGCCUUCGCGCUGAGGGCGGCGUCGGACCGCAGCUUACCAGCCACGUCUUCGGGCUGCUCAAGGCGCGCGACGUGGAGGGUCUGACCGAGGAGGACAAGUGGCUCGCGUCGGACGAGGGGACGGCCUGGGUCAUCCGCACGGUCGAUGACAUACUCGACGCCGCGUCGUCGGGGGACCAGAUCCCGUCCAAGAUGUAGGAGAGCAAUGAGGCUGUCAGCUGGCCAGGGUGGGAGGAUACUUACAUCUGAAUCCGCUCUGCCUCGCCGUCCACACGUGAAUCAAGCACCCCGAUGUUCUGCUAUCGAUGGAUCGCAACCAGCUUCCGUUGCAAAAUCGCGCGGAAGAGGACGUGGAUUAUUGAGGGAUAGGAGCCGAC